AUGGCGGCGGCGGGAGACGGCGGCGGCGAAGGGGGCGCGGCGGCGCCGGGGUCGGGGCCGCGCGGGCCGAGCCCCUUCGCCGAGGCGCGCGCCGACGCCCGGGGCCCCGUACCCGCGGCGCUGCACCCGGAGGAGGUCACCGCGCGGCUGCAGCGGAUGCGCCGGGAGCUUAGCAACCGCAGAAAAAUUCUGGUGAAGAACCUGCCCCAGGACAGCAACUGCCAGGAAGUUCAUGACUUAUUACAAGACUAUGAAUUAAAAUACUGUUAUGUGGACAGAAAUAAGCGAACAGCUUUUGUUACCUUACUGAAUGGGGAGCAAGCGCGGAAAGCAAUUCAGACGUUCCAUCAACAUUCUUUUCGGGGAAAAGACUUAGUAGUCCAGCUCCAGCCAACAGAUGCUUUGCUGUGUGUUACCAACUUGCCCACUUCUUUUACGUUAGAAGAGUUUGAAGAGCUCGUUCGUGCUUAUGGAAAUGUUGAGAGAUGUUUCCUUGUCUACAGUGAAGUUACUGGCCAUUCCAAAGGCUAUGGAUUUGUAGAAUACAUGAAAAAGGACUUUGCUGCAAAGGCUCGAUUGGAGCUAUUGGGUAAACAGUUGGGAGCAUCGGCUGUCUUUGCACAGUGGAUGGAUGUUAAUCUACUGGCCGCAGAGCUCAUUCAUUCUAAGUGCCUUUGUAUAGAUAAACUCCCUAGUGACUAUAGAGAUUCAGAGGAGCUGUUGCAGUUUUUUUCCAGUAUCCAUAAACCUGUGUUUUGCCAGCUUGCACAGGAUGAAGGUAGUUAUGUUGGUGGCUUUGCAGUGGUUGAAUAUAGCACUGCAGAGCAUGCUGAAGAGGUUCAACAAGCAGCUGAUGGCAUGACCAUCAAGGGGAGCAAAGUUCAAGUUUCCUUCUGUGCCCCGGGAGCACCAGGGCGAAGUACCUUAGCAGCAUUGAUAGCAGCUCAACGUGUGAGGCACAGUAAUCAAAAGGGCUUACUUCCAGAGCCAAAUCCAGUGCAAAUCAUGAAAAGUUUAAACAACCCUGCCAUGUUGCAAAUUCUUCUACAACCCCAGCUCUGCGGGCGGACUGUUAAACCAGCAGUUCUUGGAACACCUCACAGCUUGCCACAUCUGAUGAAUCCAUCCAUCUCCCCUGCAUUUUUACAUUUGAAUAAAGCACAUCAGAGCUCACUUAUGGGUAAUACUUCUAAUUUAUUUCUUCAGAAUCUUUCUCAUGUUCCAGUGGCUCAGCAACAGUUAAUGAAGUUUGAGAAUAUACAUACUAAUAAUAAACCGGGCUUACUUGGAGAACCCCCAGCUAUGGUACUUCAGACUGCUGUAGGGAUAGGGUCACCGCUUCCAUUGAAAACAGAGUUGGGCCAUCUUGGAGAAGCACAUAAAACAUCUAAUUUGAUUCCAACUCAAACAACUAUAACAACUGGCAUGGGCAUAUUACCAUUCCUUCCAAAUCAGCACAUUGCUGGACAAGCUGGACCAGGGCACGGGAGCACUCAGGAGAAACAGCCAGCCUUGGUGGGAAUGGCAGAAGGAAAUUUCUCAGGGUCACAGACUUAUCUGCAGAACUUUCCAAACCUUACUGCUGGAGGCUUGCUCACAGGACAUCAUAAGCAACAACAAAGUCAGCCAAAAGGCCUGGAGAUAAGUUCAGGGGCUGCCUCUAAGAAUCAGACUUCACUCUUGGGAGAGCCACCAAAAGAAAUCCGGCUCAGUAAAAACCCAUACUUGAACCUGGCAAGUGUGUUGCCCAGUGUGUGCUUAUCAUCCCCUGCAAAUAAAACCACUGUACAGAAGACUGGAAUUGCAAGCAACCUUCUGGAUACAAUCUCUCAGGGAAAUGAAUCACAACACACAUUGGAGAAGUGCAUUGCUUAUUCUCAACCUUUUGGUGAUUAUGCACAGGUGUCAUCUUUAAGAAAUGAAAAGCGAGGCUCAUCAUAUCUCGUCUCUGCCCCAGAAGGUGGUUCAGUGGAAUUUGCUGACCAGCAUUCUCAGGGCACAGGAGCAUAUUACAUGGAAACCUACUUAAAAAAGAAGAGAGUGUACUGA